CAGAUGACGACAAAGACAACAAGAAAGUUAAAUCUUCUGCAGAUGAACCGAAAGAGAAGCUAGACAACUUAGACAGACAUAGAGAGGUAGAGACAGCAGGUAUAAGUCAAAAGGAUGAGGACAAUGAGCAGAAUAUAUCAAAGGAAGAAGUAGAGCCUAUAGUGAUUGGAAAGAGAGUUUUAAGGGGGAGGUCAGUUUCUUCAGUAACAGUCACACCCCAGCCAAAAUCCAGAAGGCGCAGUGCCAAAGUUCAAAAAGCAGAGGAGUCUUUGUCUGAUGAAGAAAAGACCACUCAGUUAGCUCAGGCAGAAGAAAAUACACAGCCAGAAGUUGAGAUGGAAAAGCUAGAAGCUGUGGCACAGGAAUCGGUCACAGAGCAAGAGACAGUGAAAGAGGAACAGUCUGCUGUAUCAGAGACAUGUGCAGAGGGACAGGAAUUGGUUUCUGUUGGGGAAAGGGCUGAAGAGACACCUAAUGCAGACAAGGGAAUGGUUACUGAUGAGGAAGAAGCACCAACUGUUGUAACAGGAGUUCUGAGAAGUGGUGAAAAGAUAGUGAGAAUCACAAGAAGCAAAACCAGAAAAGGACAAGAUGAUGAGCAAGAAGAGUCAGCUGUUGAGAAAAGCACAGAAGAAGAUGAGCUGGCAGUAGAAACAAGAAUUUUGAGGAAGGGAGAGAGGUCUGCUGCUGCCACAGCUAGACAAAAAUCCAAAAGAGCCCGCACACAGUGUCAGACAGAGGAAGAAGGAGAAGAAGAAACUCCUCCUGCUGAAGAGACUGGAGGAGAGGAAGAAGAGACACGGCAGGGAUUGCCUGAGGAGAAAGGGGAGGAGGUAGAGGAAGAGGAAAAGAGUGUGGACAUGCAGAAAGACAAAGACGAGGAAAAUGAAGAAGUUGAGAGUGCAGCUGGGAAAGAAUUUGCCAUAGGAGAUGCAGAACAGAUGAAAGAUGCGUCAACAGAGGAAGCAGCAGUGCUUGAAGAGGAGGACAAAAGUGAUAAAGAUAUUGAUGACAUCAGUACUCACACAGUCCAGAUUUCAUCAGCUGAGGUAGAAGAGACUAACUCAUCUGAGGAAGAGGAAACCACAGUCAUAGAAAAAGUUACUGAUGCUGCUGAAGUGGGAUCUGACACUGCCCUUACUGAAGAAGAGGAAUUAGUAGGCAGUGCAUCUGUGGUGCCAGAAGAGGCCACAGCCAUAACAACAAGAGGUCUGAGGAGCAAAAUAAAAACUUCAUCUGCCACAUCAUCACGAAGAUCCAAAAGACAGAAAGACCAAAAAGUAGUGGAGACUCAGCAGCAGGAAGAAGACCCUGAAGAAGAACAAGAUCAUGAGGUAACUAAUGAUUCACCUCCAAAAUCCGUACGAAAAAGGCCAAGAGUGGACUCCAGUGAAAAAGGGGAGGCAGAUGAGCAACGUGAGACUGAGGCAGCCACUGAGGAGCAAUCAGAUGACAACAAAGACAACAAGAAAGCUAAAUCUUAUGCAGAUGAACCGAAAGAGAAGCUCGACAACUUAGAUAGAGAUAGAGAGGUAGAGACAGCAGGUAUAAGUCAAAAGGAUGUAGACAAUGAGCAGAAUAUGUCAAAGGAAGAAUUAGAGCCUAUAGUGAUUGGAAAGAGAGUUUUAAGAGGGAGGUCAGUUUCUUCAGUAAUAGUUACACCCCAGCCAAAAUGCAGAAGGUACAGUGCUAAAGUUCAAACAGCAGAGGAGUCUUUGUCUGAUGAAGAAGAGAAUGCUCGAUUUGCUCAGAAGAGAAAAAGCACUGAGGUAACAGCAACUCGCAAAUCUAAGCGUCUCAGCAGAGAUUAGGAUGUUCUCAAUGCUAUGAUUGACUCACAUAAAAUGUAUGUAAUUGUGUUCAUACCUGAUGUUUUACUGCAAGCUUCUGUAGUGUGCAGGCUCACAGUGUAGACAUACAAACUUUUGUACAUUUUUCAUCUUGAUUUAAAGGUAGACUAUCACUUUUGCAAUGUUACCUCCAUUAGUACGUGUUUCAUGCUAGAUAUGCUCUUAAGUUUUGGUCUGUCCAGUAGGUUAUGAUGGGUAACAUUGGCUAGUGGUAGAUGCAACUGUGUAACUGGUAUUACUGAGUCAGGUCACUGACUUAACGACUCUUUUCUACUUUAGCUAAUGUUGCACUAAGCUGUAGCAUUUACCCUUAUCCCAUAAAUGGUGACAGACCUUUCCAGGGGUACCCCACCUCGAUCAGUGCAAGCUGCAAUAGGCUCCUGUGCCCCAUGGCCCUGCAAAGGGUAAAUGGCUAGAAAUGACAAAUAGCAGUAUCUUUUUACUGUUAGGGCUUGUGACCACAGUGGCUGCUGUGCAUAAGUCACAUAUUCUUGCUUUAAAUACACUGUCUACAAUCUAAAAAUAUAGGAACAAAAGAUGAACUUCAGGCACUCAUGCAUUGAGCAGGAACAGAUGCUUUUGAAUUAAGUUAAAAAGCCUUUUUUUUGAGUAUCGAGAAAGCACACUACUAUUUCAUUCUUUAAAGUGCAAUUUCAAAAUAUAAUUUUAAACUUCCCCCUUUACACCCGGGGACACUGUGGGUCACAAUUUUUUUCACCAGUAAGUCUCAUUUAUCUACAAACAAAAAACGAUGCCACCACGAUCACUCGAAAGACUCAAGACAAACAAAUUCUACACAAUGUGGCUUUAAAAGACCUCUGAUUCUCUGCAUUCUAUACUCAUUAAUUCGAAUUUUUGUAAAGAGUUUUUGCCUUUUCCCAGUUUGUAUGUGAACAUCAAGUAUAUUUUGUGGUACAACACCAAGUUUGAUCAAAGAGAUAACAAAAUCUAACGGGACCACAUUGGAUUUCUUUUGACUGUUCCUUAAAAAGCCAUAAUUUGGAUUUCAACUGAGGAUUCUCACAUAUGGGAAUUACUAUUUUUAUAUUGUAAAUAUUUUUUUAUAUUUCAUCGAAAAUGUGAAUAUCUAGUUUGCAUUUUGCAAACAGAUCUCUCAACUGCAGGUCUUUAUAUAAUCUUAAUUAGCAAUAUGCAACAAGGUCCAAUUAGAAUUACAAAGAAUUUAUGAGAUGCUUAUUCCAAGGAACAAGUCAGUUUGUAAAGGCUGCAUUUUUUUUUAAUUAUUUGUGUACUUUGAUAUAAAAAUUAUAACCAAAACAUGCUCUUUCUUUGCAACUAUCAGCAGAACUCAGGUCUUAAUGUUAGCAUGUUCUCUUUUUAUAUACAUUUAACAUGUAGAGAUUUUAACAUGCAGCUCGAUCUAAUAUGUAAUCACCUCAUGUUACACCUUUGAUUAACUGUGAACUUGAGCUUCAUACCCUGUAGAAAGGCCAUCAUGGAGUCAAUGUCCUCAGUCAUGUUUAUGUUGUUUUCACUAAUGUGGUAUCAUUUAGUCAACAUUAUACAUUGUCUCAUCAGUGGUAGUUUGAGUGUUGAUUUUGUUAGUUGUAUCAUUUGGAAGCUAACAUUUAUUUAGCAGUGUGAUGUAAAACUUUGAUGUGUCACACUUGUAUUUGUGCUAAAUAGAUGCCAAUUAAGGUCAUGAACUAAUUUUUAGCUGCAAAAUUAUUUUUCCAUGAAUUGAAAUGGUGGCAAAUAAAGUUUUUAAAGGUCAUAUUCCAA